AUGGCUACUGUUGUUGCCCAAGCCGCGCCUCAGGCGGUUCCUGUCCCGCCUGCAGAUGAAACCCCCACAGGCAGCAACGAUGAGAAAGGACUCGUCGUUACGCCUAUACACACAUACUUAUAUAACAUGAUUGAGCUCGGCAUUGUCCGCACGUUCUUCUCGCGCCAAAUGUUUCAGGCCAUCCCCGUCGAGUCCGACAUCUCCAUCAAAGCCUUGGCCGACAAGACUGAUGUCGAGUUGGCGCUCCUGAACCGCUUUAUCCAGUUCCUCGUCCUUGUCAAGUGCCUCGCCAGCCCGGCCCCCGGCCGCGUUGCGCACACGGAAAAAUCGCGCGUGUUCCUGUACCCGGCGGCCGUCAACUUCCUCUCUCUCGACGUGGACUUCUUCAUGGGCCCUGCCACCCGCUGGCCAGACUACUUUGACGAAAACGGCUGGCGAGAGCCUCAGUCCGCUCAGCGAACUCCCCUCGGCCUGUGCUACGGCCACCCGGACAAGUCCAUCUACGACGUCAUGCCGCUGCUGCCCGGGAACAGGGCCGCCGUGUUCAACGCCGCCAUGGCGGCCACCAUUGAUGAGAUGAAGGUUGUGGGCUACUAUGACUUUAGCUGGAUUGCCAAGCAGGUGGGAAAGGACCCCAAGCGCACUCUGAUCGUGGAUGUCGGCGGCGGCAAAGGUCAGGCGCUCAAGGCCAUUAUACAAGAGAACCCGGCGAUUCCGCCUCAACGAUGCGUUUUGCAAGACCAGAUUUCGGCAAUCAAUGAGGCGAUGUCUGAGAAUGAUGCGAUAAUCAAGGACAUCCCAAAGAUGAUUUCCAGUUUUUUCGAACCGCAGCUGAUCAAAGGAGCUCUGGUCUACCACAUUCGGAGAGUUCUCAACGACUACCCAGACAAGGAAGCUCGGGUAAUCCUGCAGCAAUGUCGUGACGCGUGCGAUCAAGACUCGACGGUGCUCGUCUCGGAGCAGGUCCUUCCUGAUAAUCCUUCGCUCGAUCUGGCAGCCAUGGAUAUUUUUAUGAUGAAUUACGGCGGCAAGCGCAGGACCUAUGCCAUGUUUGAAGAGCUGGCAGGUUCGGCUGGCCUCAAGAUUGCGAAGUCAUCAGCAGACAAGGCAUCUGGGCAGACCAUCCUCCAUUUGGUCCCGGUCUAA